AUGCAAGUUGGGAUAGGAUGCUAUACAAUAUGCUUGUUCGGUGUCAUUCAACAUCUACUGAACCUUUCCAAUGGUGCUAUCCGGCAAACACAUCCAAUUGAGCUUACCAUCGAUUCCGGUUCCAUAAGAGGAGAAUAUUUGACAAUUGGUGCAAACGAUUUUGCAGUUUUUAAAGGAAUUCCUUACGCUGCACCACCCGUUGGUUCGCUUCGCUUUCAGAUGCCAGAGCCACCAGCGAAAUGGAGGGGUGUAAUGAAUGCAACUCAAUAUUCGGCCAUGUGCGCGCAGAAACCUCGAACUCGUCAGACAGAUCCAGUUAAUAUUUACCGAAUUCAUAUCUCCGAAGACUGCCUUUACCUCAAUGUUUUCGCUCCCCCUCAGUUUACCAAUGAUACAUAUCCAGUGAUCGUUUACAUACAUGGCGGAGAGUUUCAGUCGGGUUCCAGUUCCGAUUUAUCGCAGGAGGCAAUUCUUACUAAUUUUGUUUCACGCAAAAUUGUCUUCAUAUCAAUAAAUUAUCGACUUGGUCCACUCGGUUUUAUAUCGACGGGCGAUGGAGUGAUACCAGGAAACAAUGGUCUUUGGGAUCAAAUUCUAGCUCUCAAAUGGGUCAAGUUGAAUGCUCAGGCGUUUGGUGGCGAUCCUGAAAAUGUACUGUUGAUGGGACAUGGUAGUGGUGCUGCCAGUGUUUCCCUUCUCGCUUUAUCACCCCGUGCGGAAGGUUUGUUUCAAAAAAUCGCCCUGCUUAGUGGUACAGCUCUAUCACCUGGUGCCGUCCGUGAUACUGCCGUCAAUGCUACAUGGAUCCUAGAUCGCAAAUUGCACUGUCGUUCCUUUAAUUCCAGUGAACUUUUAGAAUGUUUCAAAAAACAGUUGAAGGAUGAAAUCCUCGAUACCUCUGCUAUUUUCAUCAAAUUUCAUGGAUUUCAAUAUUUAUUGAAAUUACAGAGGAUAAAGUAUGAUGAUUAUGAAGAGUUUGUACCAAUAGUAGAUGGUAUUGGUGGCAUACUGCCGGAAUCGCCGGAAAUGCUUGCAACUUAUAGACGAAAAAUGCCGAUGAUGAUUGGAACAACCAGAGAUGAAAGUUCGCUGAAAAUCUUGAUUUUGAAUGAAAAAAAUACAAAUAUGAAUGCGCUGACACGAGCUGCUGCGGAAGAAAUGGCUGAAAAUUUAACGCUUUCAUAUUCCGGUUUUAUAAAUCAUCGUUUGAUAAUGGAAGGUUGUAAACAUGAGUAUAUUUGGUCGAAAAUUAAUCCCGCUGUGGAUUCAUCAGUAUUGAACGAUGCCGUGUUGAAUAUGUAUUCGCAUUUUUGGUACGAUGCGCCGGCUUCACGACUUGCGACACAUUAUGCCAAAGGCGGUGCACCUGUUUAUUUAUAUUCUUUCGAUCACAUAAGUGAAAAUUUUGAUCACGACAGAGCAUUUCAUGGCUGUGAUGAAAUAUUCCUGUUUGAUGUUGAACCAAGGUUUCUGGUCAAAAGGCGUGAUCGAAAUUGGCAGUUGGAUCGGAGGCUAACAGAAAUUUUUGCUGAACUUAUCAUCAAUUUCGCCAGGACCGGUCCUGAAAUGAAUGUUGGUUUCCGAUGGCAAGGUCAUGUUUUUUGGAACUGGUAUGCUCGUCAUUUAGAUUCUGUCGAUGUUGGAAAUUUACAUCGUAUCGCCCAACUGGACAAACAGCUCGGCGACUAUCAAUUAGCAACUUGGAUGCUUUUAUUCUGUGCCCUGUUUUUCUUCGCAAUUUUAGUUGGUUUGGCAUGCUAUUGCACUCGCAAGGAAGCUGAUGAUGAGGAUUUGUAG